CACAGAUAAGAGUGGGAUCAGUUUGUGUCUCUAUAAUGUCCACAUGUUGGCUGAUAAUCAUCCGAAACUUCUGUAAGACUGUUUGACUGGACAGUUUCAGUAAGUCUGCUUCUCUUUGUUGUGUUAAAACUGAAAAUGGAGCCCUUUCCUGACCAGUUCAUGGAGUUCCACCCGAUCCACGGCACUAACGUGAGACUGGACCACUCACAGACAAAGGCCACCCGCGUGGAGAGCUUUGCAAACGGAGUGUGUUUCAGCAAACACCCUCUGAAGCCCGGGGAGAUUUUUCUCAUAGAGAUUGAGGACAAGGAGCUGGGUUGGUGUGGCCACCUGCGGGUCGGUCUGACAGCCAGAGACCCUCGGAGCUUAGAGGUGGUGCCUGAAUACUCCAUCCCAGACCUGACGGACUUAGGGGACAGCUGGAUUUUCGCUAUCACUCGCAACCACAACAAGAUCGUAGAGGAUCCUGAAGCAGUUGGUCAGGAGGCUGGAGACGGAGCACUGGCUGGGGGCCACAGACUUGGACGAGGGGAAGCUGAAGAUGAAGCUGAAGAUGGAGGAAGAAGCAACAAACCAAAGACUUUCUUCACAGACUCUCACCUGCACAUUGAGAGUGUUCGGAUUCCCAGGGACAAGCUGGUGGGUCGCAGCAGGCCUGGACGCUUCAGCCACAUCUUGGAUGACCUGUACAAGACCAACGCGCUGCCGCCCACCGCCAGACGCAGCCGGAUAGGAGUUCUGUACGUGCCUAAAGGCAGAGACCGGGCAGACAUGCACAUCAUCAUCAACGGUGAGGACAUGGGAGCAUCUGCAAAGGGGAUCCCUUCCACCCAGCCCCUCCACGCUGUGGUGGACGUCUUUGCUGCUACCAAGUGUGUCCGGAUCGUCCAGGUGGAGUACGGAUUCUCGUCCUUGCAGACAUUAUGUAGGAAGGCCAUCCAGAAGCACAUCGUCCACAGGAUGGCAAUCGACUGGCUGGAGCUGCCAGAGGCUCUGAAGCACUACUGCAAGUAUGAAUGAAGAAACACACCUGUGCAAUAAUAUCUGAACUCUCUCCCAGUUUAUGCCCAGAAAAGGAUAUUUAUUUAUUUUCAGGAUGAAAGACUAUGCUUCACUCAUGAUAUAAAGCUCAAGUGUUUUGACAUUUGUACUCUCAAUACCUACCAGACACCGAUAGUGAUGACAUCAUUUGUCUGACUGCUAACAAAA